AUGUCCGGCCGCGGGAAGCAGGGCGGGAAGGCGCGGGCCAAGGCCAAGUCGCGCUCGUCGCGGGCCGGGCUGCAGUUCCCCGUGGGCCGCGUGCACCGGCUGCUGCGCAAGGGCAACUACGCGGAGCGGGUGGGCGCCGGCGCCCCGGUGUACCUGGCGGCCGUGCUGGAGUACCUGACGGCCGAGAUCCUGGAGCUGGCGGGCAACGCGGCCCGCGACAACAAGAAGACGCGCAUCAUCCCCCGCCACCUGCAGCUGGCCAUCCGCAACGACGAGGAGCUCAACAAGCUGCUGGGCAAGGUGACCAUCGCGCAGGGCGGGGUGCUGCCCAACAUCCAGGCCGUGCUGCUGCCCAAGAAGACUGAGAGCCACAAAGCCAAGAGCAAGUAAACUGGGCCUGGAGAAGCGUCCCGAGCACAGAAGCGAAACCCAAAGGCUCUUUUCAGAGCCACCCACAGUCUCGAGAAGGAGCUUGGGAUGCUAGCGAGCGGCUGGCGGGGGAACCGCGUGCGUGCGUGCGUUUCUCGCGGGAGGGUUGGCUCGUUGAGAGGAGGGGGGAGUCUCCCCUCGGUAGCCGCCCUGGCCCAGUUAUGCCGGAGAGCUCAGGCGCGGCUGGGAAGUCUGCGUUUUGCUCGUGGGCCCCGCACCUCCGCUCCGGCUAGGGGGCGGGCGGAGGAUCGUGCUGCUCUCCCGGGCGGGCAGUGCCCGGGGCGGGGGCUGCGCUGCGGCGAACGCCCGCGGAGCAGAGCGGGGGCUCUGCCGAGCGCGGAAUCGCCCGGAGCCAAUCGUUGCCCGCGCGGGCUUUUCGAAAGAGCGAGGGCGCUUAACCCGCUCGCCG